UCUCUCUCUCUCUCUCUCCGCCUUUUCUUUUUCGAAGACUUUCAUCAAUUAUUUCCUCAACUUAGAGCAGCGAAAUGAGCGAUCUCACUCUGUGUGCUUUAUCAAGUUCUUACAAGGAUCAGACUCAGACUUCCCAAGUCACCGGGCAUACUCAAUUCGGAGAUCGAUCUCUCCAUCGUCCUCUUGGAAUGAAGAGGAACAGGGAGGGAGAAGAGACAACAGCUCGGACAGGCAGUAGCCGUGAUGGCGGAUCGGGGAGGGGCUACGAUGUGUUCUUGAGCUUCAGAGGGGCCGACACCCGCUUAACCAUCGCAGACUCUCUCUAUAAUUCCAUGGCCCGUGCAGGGAUCCAUGCUUUCAAAGAUGACCAAGUUCUCCUAUUCGGCGAAAAUAUCAGAGGUAGCCUCUCGCAUGCAAUCGACAACUCCAAAAUUUACAUCCCAAUUUUCUCCAAAGACUACGCUUCGAGUAAGUGGUGCCUCCGUGAGCUUGCGCACAUGGUGGAGUGCACGAGGAGAAGAUCAAGACACGACCAAGAGAAAGUGAUCCUACCUAUCUUCUAUGACGUGGAUGCAGAUGAUGUCAAGCUUAAGACUGAGUUAUAUCGGAAAGCCCUCCAAAAGCAUGAGAGCGACUCCGGGAUGGAUUUAGCCAAGCAAUGGGAAGAGGCUUUAAGAGAGGUUGCCGGAAUUAGGGGGAGGAAUCUAAAAGAUCACGGCUUCCAUGAACUUGUAAAUCUAACGGUGGAAGAGAUUUCCACUUUAUUAUGGACAAGACGGACCAACGUGUCUGAUCAUUUGGUGGGAAUUAAGCAUAGAAAGGAUGACAUUAUGAAGAUAUUAGAUGAAGGAGCUUCUGAUGUACGGUUUAUCGUGAUUCAUGGGAUGGGUGGCAUCGGAAAGACGACAUUGGCCGAUGUCGUCUUCAAGGAAAUCACUCCUCAAUUUCAGGGUUAUUGCUGCUUUCUUUCGGACGUCCGAACUCAUGAUAUACUAAACUUGCAAAAGAAAUUGUUAUCCAACAUUCUCAAUGUCAGAUGCACGAACCUCUCAAACAUUGAUGAAGGGGCCGACAUGAUCAAGACGAGGUUUCAUGAUAAGAAAGUCCUCAUUGUUCUUGAUGACAUUGACAAGUUAAGCCAAAUCAUGAGACUUGCAGGCGAGCCCAACUGGUUUGGUGGGGGAAGUAGAAUCAUCAUAACAACAAGGAAUAUUGACUUCUUGGUAACCGAAGUAGAAGAUGACAAUGUUCCAACAUCCCAUUGUGGACAUGUUUCUUUCUACGAAAUGUUGGAGAUGGAUCAUGAUGAUGCUCUUCGACUUUUUUGUGAGCGUGCCUUGGGACGUGCCAAGCCUCCACCUGAUUACAUGGAUAUUUCAGGUAAGCUAAUCAAUACUCUUGGAAGACUUCCGUUGGCUCUCGAUGUAAUGGGUUCCACACUCCGUGGAAAAUGCCAAAAUACAUGGGAAGAUGUACUACAGAAGUUAAAGAAGGUGAUGAAUAAGGAUAUCAAAAAGAAGUUGAUGAUAAGCUACGAAGCAUUAGAAUAUCAUCAACAACAAAUUUAUCUUGAUAUCGCAUGUUUUUUCAUCAAUCAAGAGAAAACAAUUGCAAUCGCAUAUUGGGAUGCGAUUUUUGGGUAUCCCACCGAAAUCGAAGUCAAGAUCCUCACACGCAUGUCUUUGAUAAAGAUCACUUAUAACGACAAAUUGUGGAUGCACGACCAACUUAGAGACCUCGGAAGGGAUAUCGUCCACCUAGAAAGCUGCAAAGUCCAUCUAAGAGGUAGCAGGUUGUGGUCUCCCAAGGAUGCCUUCCAUGUAUUGCAGAGAAAAAAGGGAACUGAAAGCAUAGUAGCACUCAAUCUUGGCACACCUCAACCCGAUGCGACAUAUAGAUUUAAACGCAAGGAGUUUGCGAGGUUGGUCAACCUUAGGUUCCUUCAAUUGGACCAUGGAAACUUCGAAGGAGAUUUUAAGGAUAUUUUCUUAGAGUUAAGAUGGCUCUCUUGGAGCAACUGCCCUUCAGAAUUCCAAGCUACUAGCUUGGGAUUGGAGAAUUUAGCGGUUCUCGAGCUUUCUGGGAUUAAUAUUACUGAAGAUUGGGGAGGAUGGUAUCAAAUCAUGGUAGCAAAACAGUUGAAAGUUCUAAAACUCAUGGAUUGUCCAUCUCUUGGAAAGACGCCCGAGUUCUCCGCAAUCUCGGGACUAGAGAGAUUGAUUCUUCGACAAUGCACUGGACUAAGAAAGAUUGACGAAUCCAUCGGCAAUCUACAUCAUCUUGAUUACUUAGAAAUAGAAUGUGAAGCCAUUGAGUCACUACCACAAUCCAUCGGCAGCCUAAAAUCUUUGUCAAAGCUAACAGUACAAUCUAAGAGACUUUUAGUGUUGCCGCAUUCGAUUGGUAAUUUAGUGAAGCUGAAGCAUAUGAGCUUGAGAUGUUCGAAGCUUCGAGAACUUCCUAGCUCUAUUGGACAAUUGGAGUCACUACUUGAGUUGGAUAUCCCAUUUUCAAAAAUCAGAAAAUUACCUCAUUCCAUUGGAAACCUUGAAAGGUUGGAAGUUUUAAACAUUGCCGGUUGCAAACUAGAAGAGGUACCAAACACGAUUGGGAGUCUGAAAUCAUUGCUCGAGUUGGAUCUGCAAGAAUCCGAUAUUAUGAGGUUACCCGAUUCUAUUGGAAAUCUCAAAAAAUUGAAGUUUCUAGAUUUGGAUAGGACCGACAUAAGUGAACUUCCAAAAACAAUAGGAACCUUGAAAAAUUUGGAAUGGUUGCAUGCCUCGGAGUGUGAACUCUUGGAGGGGACAAUUCCAAGUGAAUUGGGGGCACUAUCCUCGUUAAGAAUUCUAAGGUUGUCAUGUAGCCACAUUAGUAGAUUGCCAACAACCAUCAAUCAACUUACGAAUCUCCAAGAACUUCACUUAUUGUGCUGCGAUUGGAUUCAACAGUUGCCAGAGCUUCCAAAGAGUCUAACGUUGUUACACUUUUCGGGGAUGUUGCUAACCACAAUCCCUAAUCUUUCAUACUUGACCAAUUUAGUUGAUCUUCACAUACACGGAACACUAGUGCAAGAACCUAACAUGGAGUGGCUUGUGAGGCUACGUGCUCUGAGGCACUUGACCCUAGUUGUUGAAGAUAUGACCUUGCCUCCCACCGAUUUGAGUUCCCUCUCCCAGCUACAAUUUCUCAAAAUAACUUGUGUUGGACCCCGAUCUCUUAUUGGGCUUCCAUCCAGCCUUCAAUAUUUGACUUUACGAGAUGUCCAGUCACCGAUAGAUUGGUCGCUCUUUUCCAACUUGGACAAUUUGUCCAGGCUGGCUCUUAAUGGCUAUCGACUAGGAGAGAUUCGAUUUGAUGUGCUUGGAAAGCUAAGGAAAUUCAAUGAAUUGAGAAUGCGGAGGUGUCCAUUGCUCAAGACACUAACCCUUAUGCCAUGCUUCAAGGAGAUCCGGCAUUUGGCGCUUGUAAAAAAUCCUCAGCUCACUGAGAUUCGGGGUUUGGGAGAAUUGAAAUCAUUGCAGUAUUUGUAUAUCAGCUACUGCAAUUCCAUUAAAAGGCUAGCCGAAACUGAUCUUUCUAACUUACAGAAUCUAAAUAGUUUGAAGUUCCAAAGCUGUGAAUCACUCGAGAGCGUGCCAGAUGUGCCAUACAGGAAAUCAUCUUGUCAUCUUACCAUACAAGAAUGCCCAAGGUUACGUGAUUUUGAUGGCCCUUACCGGUUUUAUAGAGACAGAUAAAGUCUAUCAUUUGUGUGGCAAAUACAAUCAAUGAUAGUAAAUACAUAGCAUUGAGCAA